GGUUUUUCUAAAUCUCAAAAUCAUCUCCAAGUUUGCGUCGCUGUUUACAAUUCAACAUUUUCGUCGCUUGUUUUUCAAGUGCUUGAAGUUCUGAAUUAAAAGAUGACUAAAGAGGACUAUAAAAAACGGUUGGUUGUAUUCUUCAGCGAAAAACUGGAUGCUGACAAGAAUGGCUACAUAUCUUGGGAUGAUUACAGGCUCAUGGCUCUGAGAACAACAUUUCAACAAAAUAAUGGAGAAUACAAUGAAGAUAUCCAUCGAAAGUACUUGACUCACAGCAAGCAAAUGUGGGAAAGUCUGUGCAACGAUUUGGGUGGACAGAAGGACGGUAAAGUGCAUUUUCAAGAUCUGGUGAACUUUUUAUACGAGUUGACGAGUCGAACGAGACACUUCGAAGAGUUGCCUGACUUUUUGCAGAAUUUAGCAAUUGAAGUGUUUCAUAUGGUGGAUAAAAAAUGUGACAUGUUGUGGGACAGAGAUGAAUACCGCUUUGGAUCUGUUAUUUGGUGCUAUGUUACAGAGCUGAAGGAAAUAGAUAGAGCCUUUGAUUCAAUGUUGAGUAGUGAUGACAAAAAAAGAGGUGGAAUAACGCUGGAGCGCUUUAAGGAGCUGGUGACUGAAUUUUUCACUUCACUGGAUGCGAACACUCCCAGCAGGAAUAUAUUUGGACCUUUGGAUCCAAACAUGGCCGAUGAAAUUUUGUGUCGUGCUGCUCCAUCUUCCCAUUAAUCGUAGCAUUUAAGCUUCCUGUAACUCAAAGUGGGAUCAAAAUAUCCUCUGUUGCUUGUUGUUGAUGAUAAAAAAGGACUGAUUACCAUUAUGGAAACGUAAAGAAGCUUUCUUGUAAUUAAUGUAGUCUAAAUGAGCUUAUCUGCAAUGCUUGGAUGUGUGGAUUAGAGGAAUUACAUGAAAAAUACAAGUAAAAAGAGAAACGUUCGUUUGUUUUACAUAGAAAUGUAGGUCAUGUAGAAAUGUAUCGCUGAUUUAUUAAAUACAGUCUUUAUUUUCUGUUUUUAUAACUAGUUCUAUGUUCUAAUUAAAUGUAUUUCUGCAUGGGAUAUUAUACUUUUUCAUAAAAUUUUAUAAAGCAAUAAAGUAAGAAAAACCCUUAAUUGAUAUUUGACAUAACUAUAUAAUUCAUGCUAUAAAAACAUAACUUGAACUCGAGUUUUAUGUGUUAAAUAAAAUCAGUGUAUCUUUUUGUUGCUUUGUUGCAAAAAAGGAUAAAAAUGACUUUUCAAUAGAACUUAGGUUAGUAAUAAAUGUCAUUAAAAAACUUACUUACAGCCAAAGGAUUUCUAUAUUACAUAUUCUUCCGCUGUAAAAGAUAAAGGUAUUAUAACAAUAACUAAAAUUGUUCACAGGUUGCUAUUUCUUUAAUUAUAUCAUACAUUUCAUGUUCUAUAUUAGUGAUCCCCAGAGUGAUGAUCACCGACGACUCCAAGCGGUUGAUGAGUUAUUUCUGAACAGUGAAACAGCAAAGAAUCGAAUGAAAGUUUAUUGGAGACUUGGAAGUUCUGCUGCGCCAUUUAGUAAACCAUACAUUAAAAAUAUUUUGUUAUUCGGAAUACUGCUUUUUAAUGACAGGUUGAGUCGUGUAAUGUAAGGUUCUAUGCUGUAAGAAAUCAAAACAAACUUGCUGUCUAAUUGCAUCCUAUUCCUGCUGAACACCUGAGAAAUGUCAUAAAAGGGUUUCUUGACAGUGUAAAAUGUGCGCAUUUAUUAAAAAAUAAAUAACUAAAUAAAAA